AUGCCUUCAAUCUGGUUUGUGUUGUUCAUUGCCUCUUCUCUAGAAUUAUGUACUGUUACUGGCAUUGUCAAAAUAGGACUUUUAAUUCCCACCACAACACCUAGUAUUGGACUUCCGUCAAAUGAUACAAUUUUUACAGCUUUUGACCAGGCUCUAAGAAAUGUGAGCUCGGUGCUGCAUUUUCAGGUGUCUCAAGACACUAAAUGUUCAGAAGCAACAGCAUUGAACGAGGCAUUCAAAAUCAAGGACAAUGUAGACGUCUUAUUUGGCCCCAUCUGCGAAAAUGCUAUAAGAAGCAUUGCAAUGAUGGCCGACAUAUGGAAUCAGUCGGUGGUGACUUGGACCCCCAUUAAGGAAGAGCUUGAAUCAUACCCCACCCUAAUCGGAACCCUGGGAACAUACGAAGAAAUUGCGAGGAAUAUAGCAACGCUUCUGAGCUGUCAUGGCUGGAAAAGCAUAGGUAUUAUACACGGAAACAAUGAAAUAAACAAGCAAAUGGCAAUCACCACCAAAUCAAUGUUACGUGACAAUGACGUCACCGUUAAAAGAGUUCUGUCCACCAAUAUGACUGGGAAUUCCAUGAAAACGGCCCUGUCUUCAAUGAAAUCUUCAGCAAGAAUCAUAGUGGUGUUUGUUCCUGAGAUGUUUCUAGAAAGCUUUCUCUUUGAGGUUUCCGCUGAAGGAAUGAACGACGGGUCAUACAUAUUCAUUAACUGGAAAUUUAGCCCCGCACUUAAUCACUCAUCCAGCCUGAGUGUCCCGCACCCAAAGAACACACUGCAAUCUUUACUGCAGAUUGGACCUUUUACAACCUCGGAAUCGGCAUACACUAGUUUUACUAAUCAUCUCUCAAAUUUACAGCCGGCUAGUGAGUUUUAUGCCUAUCUAUAUGACGCUGUUAUGUUGUACAGCCAGUAUGUUCAGCAAUAUCCCAGCAGUUUGACCUCUCAUCUUCAACGAAAUCUACAAAAAAUCUCCUACACAGGAUGGACUGGUCACAUCCAAUUUAACAAUUCCAAAAGUGCCAUUCGAACAUACCGUGUUUCUCAUUAUCAGCAGGGCAAUUUCUCAAUAGUGUACAAUUUAUCUGGAGAGCAGUGUUUCAGUACCCACACUCCCAUGGAAUGGAUUGGAACUGGCCCGCCACUAGACACACCAAAAUGUGGGUUUACGGGGAAAACCUGCAACGAUGAGGCCGAAAGUACUGAUACUGGAGCGAUUAUCGCUGGAGCUUGUAUUGGGGGACUGGUCAGCAUAGCAGCCCUUAUUCUGGCAUUUAUUCUCUACAGGAAAAUGAGGUUUGAAAAGGAAUUGAUGGGGAUGCUGUGGAAAGUAAAUGAAAAUGAGAUCAAACUGAGAAACAAACAUCCUACUCCAAAACAGCAGGAAGGACCUCAUCCAACAAAAAAGCUGGUCAGAAUGGAAACGAGGGGCACCCUGGGAUUUGGUUCUUCUUGCAGUCUUGACAAAAACUUCCUGUUUGCCCCAAUAGGGAAUUACAAGGGAUCGGUAGUGGCUGUAAAAAGUUUACAAAGAAGAUCCAUUCGACUGACAAGGGAAGUUCUGCGAGAUCUCAAAACGUUGAGAGAAUUACAUCACGACAACUUAAACCAGUUUGUUGGUGCCAAUUUGGAACCCGAGAACUGUUAUGUUCUUACCAUGUAUUGUGCCAAGGGAAGUUUACAGGAUAUUAUAGAAAAUGACGAUAUUAAGCUGGAUUGGAUGUUCAAAAUGUCCUUUGCACUUGAUUUAGCAAGGGGCAUGGAAUUUUUACAAAAGUCUUCCUUGAAAUCCCACGGUAAUCUGAAGUCCAGUAACUGUGUUAUAGACAGUCGCUGGGUUUUAAAACUGACAGAUUACGGGGCUAUAACCACUCACCCCGAGGAGCCCACUCAGGAAAUUGGGGAACACGAAUUCUAUACAGGUUUGUUUUGGACGGCACCAGAGCUACUGAGACUUCAGAAAAUGCCCCGUAAAGGGACGCAGAAGGGGGAUGUUUACAGCUUUGGUAUCAUUCUACAGGAAAUAUUUCUCAGGGCUGCCCCGUACUACUUCAACAUUGUAUCUUCUCCAAAAGAGAUAAUAAUGAGGGUUCGGAACCAUGAAGUGCCUCCGUAUCGUCCACACAUACCAGAGGACAGCAAUGUCCCGGAUAAAGCAAUAUUUCUAAUGAGGUGCUGCUGGCACGAGCACUCCGAAUCGAGGCCAGACUUCCAUAAUAUUAGGAAGAGGCUGGUCGAUAUAAACAGUGGAAGGAAAAUCAACAUUAUGGACAACAUGAUUCAGAUGUUGGAGGCAUACAGCAAUAACCUGGAGCAGUUGGUCACUGAAAGGACAGAGGAACUGGCCCUGGAGAAACAGAAAACAGACAGGCUUCUAUACAAUAUGCUUCCACCACUGGUUGCUGAGCAACUGAAACGUGGAGAGUCGGUGCAGCCAGAGUGCUUUGAUGACGUCUCCAUUUUCUUCUCCGAUAUCGUCGGUUUUACAACGAUAGCUAACCAAAGCCAGCCGCUACAGGUUGUUGACCUUUUGAAUGAUCUGUAUACAACUUUUGACGAAAUCAUUGCACGUCAUGAUGUGUACAAGGUUGAAACCAUCGGUGAUGCCUACAUGUGUGUUAGUGGUCUUCCGAGAAGGAAUGGCAAGAAACAUUGUGGUGAAAUUGCUAAUAUGGCACUGGACCUAUUAAAUGGAGUGACAAACUUUAAGAUACGCCACCUCCCGGGAUCGAAGCUUCAACUGAGGAUCGGUCUCCAUACAGGGGGUUGUGCUGCGGGGGUAGUGGGCACUGCCAUGCCGAGAUAUUGUCUGUUUGGAGAUACCGUAAAUAUGGCUUCAAGAAUGGAGUCCACAGGAAAAGCUCUACAUAUCCACAUUAGUGCUGCAAUGAAUUCUGCCCUCCAGGAACUUGGAUGGGGGUUUAUGACAAUGGAGCGAGGGAUCAUAGACGUUAAGGGUAAAGGCCUUCAGAAAACUUACUGGUUGAUCGGGAAGACGGGAUACACGAAACCAUUGCCACAAACCAUGAUGAAUUUACAAGAAAAAUGGCGGCAGUCUCAAGAUACUGGAAGACCUUGCUCUCCGACAGAAUCUCAUAUUUCGGACCGUGACCAUAGUGACAGUAUGUAUGGGCGCGCAUUCCGGAAGACAUCCAUUGCCAUUAGUUUUCUCCACUCGUUGUCACGUGAUGCUCAUACCCCUGACAGUCAUUCUGUCUCUGAACUUAGUGUUCAAGACUUACACCUGUCAUGUGAAAGUUUAAAGGACAAAAAGUCACCCUCUCCCGUGACUCUGUCGCCAGUUCAAAGGUCACAGAGCAUGGGUGAAAAUAAAUUAACAAGACCAGUUAUAAACCAGCUAAUGAAAAACAAAAAGUCAAGACCAGAACUGAAAAGUAAAUUAUCUACGGAUUCUUCCAGUGAUGAAAGCAAGGAUAGUGACCAAAGUAUUACGUCCAAAGGAAACUCAAAGAAAUUUUCAAUACCUAAAAUAGAAAUUUCAUAGAAAUCACUCUCUUUCAUGUACUUGCCAAACCAAAAAAUUAUGAGAAAUGUUUAAAUGUCA